UGAGCAUUGGAAGGUGUCCCAGCAAAGAUGCUGCUGAGCCUCUCUCUCUCUCUCUCUCUGAAUGAAGAUUGAGCUCCACCCAGACUGCAGCUUCCUCUGUGCAAUAACUCAGGCUAUCGAAAGGAAUGGAGGAUUUAGGAAUGGAAGCAACAGUCGCUCAGCCUUUCCUGAACCGGACGUCACUGGUCUUUUAAUCGAGGCGGAGAAAGAGUUGUCGGAUCUCUCUGCUUCAGGAGGGUUGAAACUUGGCUGGAAAACCCACGCUGAGUGUGUGUUGCAGUGCGCAGACUGUGGCAAGGUGGGGGGAGAACACCGUGGACAGUUACCCAACCUGAGCAUAACGUUGUCUGAUCGGCGGUGACCAGCGACCGCACCCACACCGCUCUUUGGGGGGGGAGGGGGGCGGUUUGCCGGCGCCAUGGAGAAAUCGUGGAAGUGUGGGGACUGCCAGAAGGGUUUCCGGUCGCCCUCGGAGCUGGAGACCCACCGGCGGGUGCACACCGGCGAGCGGCCGUUCACUUGCUCCGUGUGCGGGAAGGGCUUCACCCAGUUCCCGAUCCUGCUCAAGCACCAGCGGGUGCACACCGGCGAGCGGCCCUUCGCCUGCUUCAUCUGCGGGAAGGCCUUCGCCCAGUCGUGCCACCUGCUGCGGCACCAGCGGGUCCACAGCGGCGAGCGGCCGUUCGUCUGCCCCCGGUGUGGCAAGGGCUUUGGCCACGCCAACAACCUGCAGCGGCACCAGCGGGUCCACACCGGCGAGCGCCCGUUUGCCUGCGCCGAGUGCGGCCGGCGCUUCAACAAUGCGUCCAACCUGCAGAAGCACCAGCGGGUGCACGCCGAGUCGCGGCCCUUCCCCUGCCCCGACUGCGGCAAGGCCUUCGCGCAGCUCGCCGGGCUGCAGACCCACCAGCGGGUGCACACCGGCGAGCGGCCCUUCCCCUGCCCCGACUGCGGCAAGGCCUUCCGCUUUGCGUCCAACCUGCAGAAGCACCGGCGCGCCCACACUGGCGAGUGGCUGUUCACCUGCUCCCGGUGCGGCAAGGGCUUCACCCAGUCCUCCAGCCUGCUGCGGCACCAGAGCAGCCACGCCGCCGCCGAGCGGCCCUGCCAGUGCGCCGACUGCGGUGGCGCCUUUGCGAGCCCGGCGGCGCUGACGGCCCACCAGCAGAGCCACGCCGAGGAGCGGCCCUUCGGCUGCGCCGACUGCGCCAAGCGCUUCCGGGUCCUGUCCAAACUGCGGCGGCACCAGCGGGUGCACACCGGCGAGCGAGCGGUGGCGGCCGGCCCUCCGACCAAUCAGAGCCAGACCCGGGCGGGUCGCACGCGACGGACCCCCCCACCACCCUGCGCCCGACUCGCCGCGCAGGCGCAGUUGCCGGUGGUGACCGUUGCUGGGGCCGCCCGUGGGAAGCCGUCGGAGAUUGUGGACGGUGAAAGCUGUUCCAACAAACAGACUGUGGAAAGGAGUUUAAAACUACUACACCCUGAAAAUCAUAUUGCACUCUUGAUAGUGGGGAGAGAUCAUAUAUGUGUUGCGUGUGAACAAAGCAUCAUGGUCAAACCGUUGACAUGUGGGGACUGUGGCAAACGAUUCGAUUACCCAUCCCAGCUGGAAAUUCAUCGCCGCAGUCACACUGGGGAGAAACCAUUUGUCUGUUCAGUGUGUGGGAAGGAGUUCACCAAGACAACCUGCCUCAUGUUACACCAGCGCAUUCACACCGAGGAGAGGCCGUUCAGCUGCACUCGCUGUGAAAAGAGGUUCAUUUCUUCGUCUGACCUCAAUCAGCACCAGCGGGUUCACACCGGUGAGAGACCAUUCAUUUGCUCCCAGUGUGGGAAGGGAUUCACAAAGUCAUCCAACCUGGUGACUCACCAACGGAUUCACUCUGAGGAGAAGCCAUUCCACUGCACUUACUGCGGGAAGCGUUUCAAAUAUUUACACAGCCUCGAAGAACACCAAAGGGUUCACACCGGGGAGAGGCCGUUCACGUGCUCUGUGUGUGGGAAGGGAUUCACUCAGCCAUCCAGUCUGGUGAGGCACCAGCGGGUUCACACCGGGGAGAGGCCGUUCAGCUGCUCCGUGUGCGGGAAAAGCUUCAGGCAGACGUCUGCCCUCAUCACGCACCAGCGGGUUCACACUGGGGAGAAACCGUUCCCCUGCUCGGUGUGCGGGAAGGCCUUCACUGUCUCAUCCACCCUCAAGGCACACCAGCAAACUCACUCUGCGGAGAAGCUCUUCGACUGCUGUCACUGUGCUAAGUCCUUCAGGUGUUCAUCUGCUCUGCUCGCGCACCAGCGGGUUCACACCGGAGAGAGACCAUUCAUCUGCUCCGUGUGCGGGAAGGGAUUCACUCGCUCCUGCAGUCUGGUCACGCAUGAGCGACUCCAUAAAUAACUAGGGGGAUUGGACUCUGCUGUCAUUUAUGUUGGCAAGCACAUCCGGGCUUAUUUGUCUGACACCUUUUGUAUGUGCUGUGAGAGCAAUCGGUACAACCCAUUGGAGUUUAAUAUUCUGGAUACGUCACUGAUAUUUAAAGCAGUGCUUUCUCACCUUCAAGAUAUUUGUGCUCCUUCACGUUAACUGAAGAAUUCUUAAUAGGAACUAAUUUACAAUAAUAUUGUGAACUUUUAGUUCAAUCCUGAACGGAUCUUCGGUGCAAAAUCUAUGAUUCAGUGUCUGAAAGAUGCCACUCAUUAACAUCUCCAAUGAGAAAGUGCUGAUUAAUCCUUGCUGACAAUUCUCACUGACCUGUGCACUCUUCAAUGUGAUACCUCAGGUUCACAGUUAUCGAAAAGCAAUUCUGUGAAAUGGACACCUCGCAGUCCUGAUGAAGGGCUUAUGCCCGAAACGUCGACUCUCCUGCUCCUCGGAUGCCGCGGUGCUUUUCUAACGCCGCGCUCUCGUCCUCAGAGUCUCCGUUCUGCAGCUUCCCAUCAGUUUGAGUUGGGAAAUCCCACCAUUUGAGAUUGAAAAGGCUGCUUCCCAAGCAGAAAGGCCCAAGCGAGGUGGGGUUGCAGCCGGAUUGCUGAUGCAGAAAAAGACCCAUCUACUGUAACGCCCUCCUCCACCUCUGUCACGAGGUAGGAUCCCUUUCAGAGAGUGUGCAUGUCACAAAAAGCAUCCCGAUAUAUCAAAAAAAAGCGAUAGAGGAGAUUGCAGCAAGGCAUUUGUUCUUCAAAAUUCCAUUCCUCAGAUUCAUCUGCUCUUUUUGUGACCACGUGUGCUGUACAGUACGGCUGAACGAAGAUUGGAAUAAAACAGAGGUGUUUCUCAGCUCCCACACUGUUUGGUUUUUUUUUCCCCUUCUCCAUUCUCCAUCCCCUGAAGAUAUGAAAGGAGUUUAUCCAAGACAGCAAAGUUGACCGUCAGCCCAAACUGAAAACCAAGUUAACAACAUAGCACGUCUUUGUACAGAGAAUUCCUCGACACGGAAGACAUUACAGUUUGUAGAUGGGAUUGAUUCCGAUGCACGGUGCAUGGCUAUCAGAAGUGGAGGCUUUACAAAGAGGAAACCGAAACCAGUCAUUGGAGAGUUGCUCGAUUUCUUAUAAGCCGAGUAUCAUGGAGUGAAGGAACACCGUUUACAGUGUGGAGGAACGAUACAUGGUUUUCUGUCAACGGUGAGGUUUCAGCCAGUUAUCUGACCUGCUGUCACACUGGAGAGAAAUCAUGGAAGUGUGCAGAUUGUGAGGAGUAGUUCCGAUCCCUAGUGGACCUGGAAAUACAUUGACACGUUCAGAGUGGGGAGAGGCUGUCCACUUGCAUUUGUGUGGAAAGGGAUUCACUCAGUUCUCCCAACUGCUGGCUUAACAGCGAGUUCACACUGAGGAGCGAUCAUGGUUAAAUUCAGCGCGAGUUAACACUGGGAGAGGCUGUAUGUCUAACCGGAGGGUGGCAAGGGAUUCACUAUGUUAUUGUCUCACCUGUUGAGGCAUCAGCGAGUUCCCAAGUGACUCCAGCACGCAUCUAUGUUCAUUUUGUUUUUUUUUACUGAUGUGAAAGAAAUUCCAGUCCACUUUUAGGUGCUAUUAUUUUGAAUAAAAGUC